AUGGCGAACCCCUCACAAUCCUCCCAACCCACCCAACCGUCCCCAACAUCAACACCCUCCAAUCCAGCAGCAACAAACCCAACCUACCUAACCUGGUCCAACUUCUUCAGCGUCCUAACCGGCACCGCGCCCCCGCCCCUCCAAACCGCCUACUUCGCCGAACGCGACACCCUCAACGAAGAAAGAGACUGCAAACGCUGCACCGAAGACGUCGCCUACCUCUUCCAAGCCUCCCCCCUCAUAACCUUCUUAAAACACAACAUCGACCUCCUCACCCCUCCCACCGGCGCCGCCUCCAUCGGCCCCCACAACGUGCGGUGUCGGAAAUGCGACACGAAUCAAUCGGGAGGCUUCUCGAGCGAGCAUGGGAUUCUGCUCUGCGCGAACCAGUUCCGCAACCGCGGACAUCUGGAAGACACCCUCGCGCACGAGAUGGUGCAUGCAUACGACCAUCUGCGGUUCAAGCUGGAUCCUUUGGAUCUGCGGCAUGCGGCGUGUAUGGAGAUUCGGGCGAGUAUGCUCAGUGGGGAGUGUCGGUUUAGCAGGGAGUUUUUCACGCGGGGCCAGUGGAAUUUGACGCAGCAGUUGCAGGAAUGUGUGAGGAGACGGGCGGCGCUGAGUGUGGCGGCGCGGCCGGCGUGUCGGGAUGAUGUGCAGGCUGUGAGGGUUGUGAAUGAGGUUUGGGGGAGCUGUUUUGGGGAUACGAGGCCUUUUGAUGAGAUUUAUAAGUGA